AUGUCGCAUUGUCACGACGAGCACCACCAUCACGGCCACGAUCACUCCCACGGCGCACACGACCACACCGACGACCUCACCCCCGCCCUUCAAAACCACAUCUACGAACAAAUAGACUUCGGCGCAGUAAACACCUUGAACGAAUCCGUCUCCAAAUCAGGCUCACAGGUUCUCCAAAAGACAUGGACGGAUCGCCUCAAUCCCGAGCCUGAACUCAAGAGCGACGCAGACGAGCAGCUCCUGAUGCAUGUCCCGUUCACGGCGCAGAUCCGACUCCAUAGCAUUCUCAUACGAACGUCGGCAACGGACUCUGCGCCCAUGACGCUCAAAGUCUAUGUGAACAAAGAUGGGCUAGACUUCGCAACAGCGGCUGACAUGCCACCAACACAGACGUUGGAGCUGGCUCAGUCGAAUGAAGUGCAGGAAGUGCCGGUCAAGAGAGCUCUGUUCAAUACUGUCCGAAGUCUCGACCUGUUCUUUGAGGAUAACUGGGGCCAGGGCGAGGAGGAUGAGACACGAAUAAGCUAUUUGGGCUUCAAGGGGGAGUGGAUGAAGCUGUCGAGAGAACCCGUGAAUUUCUUGUACGAGGCGGCUGCGAAUCCGGGAGAUCACAAGCUUGCUUCUGGAGUUGGAGAAAGGCUGGGCAGCGAUAUUGGUGGCGCUGGAGGCGGAGGACGACACGGUCUGUGA